CGAACAGAUGAGACAAAAAUCAACAAUGCGUUGUGCGUAUGUAUCUGUGCUGGUCCGUAGUCACCUGUCCGCCUCCCCACUGUUAUAGACUACACCGAUCGACAUACUGCACAACUCUGGCGCCAACGAAAUAGCGGAGAUGAUUGUGGUGGUUUACCUUCUGUGUGUUAUCGGGUCGACCUGGGCUCAGAAUGGAUUGAACAAUCUACAAUUCCGUACGUUUGAAACUCCAGCGUCCGCGACACAACUGCAAAGAUCUGCCCAACAGUUUCGAAUUCCUACUUCAUUUCCGACUGGCUUCCGUUCAUCUAGAAUGCCUUCAACUCAAAAUAGCCCAUUUGUACGUCGUGUAAUGGGAUCAAAUCCGUCCGGAAUAGACAGGAGCAGUUUGCUGAACUCGAAUGGUCUGUUGAUGAUGUUUCCGUCCCAGUCAGGUCAGCUGACCCCAGGAUUGACCUUUAAUCGUCCAGCCCCGCUGUCCUCUGUACUUAACGGACCAACUCUUCCAAUUAUUCCACCUAACCUACGUCAGUUCAGCAGGGGACGUGGUAAUGUUGGUUUCAACUUUGGACAACAUUUUGCGAGAUCUAACCAAAACCACCCAACCAUGUUAGGAAGUCAUCUCACCAAUCGUGUAAUACCAAGAAGGGGAAAUGUACCCCAAACUGGUACUUCGUCAUCACAAUCAAGUAGACCUCCUGCAUCAUCGGAUCAAACAACCCAAAGAAUCAUCGACUUUAUUUUGAGGGGAAGGAGCCAGAACACUAACCAGCAGCCUAUCCAACAAGCUUCACAAGCGAACAGCAUUGCUGGGAGAGCACAGCAAUCCCAAAGUCAACCGAAAGUUCCACAGCAGACAGGGCUCACUGGAAAUGCUGCUAACACUGACGUGAGUCAAGCAUCAUCUAAUUUUCGAUUUAGGACAAAAACUGACGAGGAAAUACGACAGGAAGUACAGGAAAGAAUGAGACAGCUUAAUCAAUUUCUCGCCAAGAAUCCUACAACCAGAAGUCAUCGAUUGCAAAAUACGAUUAUCAAUCAGAAUUUGCCAUCUGGCGCCAGACAACAUUUUAAUAAUGUAAAUCGCCGUCUGCAGCGUCUCGAUAGCAAUACAUUGAAUAACAGAGUCGAAGAGGCAUUCAAAAAUCGCGACAAAAGUGGCAAAACUCCAUUAGUUGUUGAUGGGGGUUUUACACAGGAGGUAAUGCCUACUAUUGUUAUUGACGGAGGUGUUUCGUGGAGAAACCAAGGCGUUCUGUUUGACCAACAUCAACGACCGACCCCCGUCAAUCUGGAAACGAAUAAAGAGCUCGCUCAGCUUUUCCCAGUUCCUCCGUAAAACACGAGACUUGUGAUGGGGCAUGAUAAACUUCCGGUUGGUCUUGCUCAUUUUCUUGUCAUUAGAAUGGAAUUUGAUAUAAUUCUUUAACAAGCCUCUUUAGGGAGGCAACACGGUGUUCUUACAGCGUUCCUCUUGUGUUUACUGUAUGAUAUAACAAUGUGUCUAGCGAUUAGUAAAAUUAAUAAAUUCAGAAUAAAUCAAUUGCAUUUUCA